AGAGGAAGCGGCGGGUGCUGCGAGGCGGCGGCGGCGCGGGGAGCUCCAGGCGAGAGGGCCGCCCACCCCCACCUCCCCCGCCGCGCCCGGGGCUCCCGGAACACGAGGCGCGGCCGCCGCGGAGGCCCAGGCUCUUCCCUCGCGGGGACCGCGCGGCCUGCACCGCGGCGCCCGACCUCCCGGAGCGGGGACUCGGGCCGGAGGCGCUCGGCGGGCGGGCCGGCAGAUACCAUUGUGUGGUUUUAAUCAGUGAAAUCUGAAAGCUAACUGCAGAAGCCUUUUUGGUCAGCAUGGAGGACAAAAGACGCCGAGCCCGAGUACAGGGAGCCUGGGCUGGCCCUAAGAGCCAGGCCACUGCGCAGCCAGCUGCCACUGCUAGAAGCCAUCUCCACCAGAGACCUGGUCAGACCUGGAUGAACCAGGAGCAUCAGCUUUUGGACAAGCAGUUUGUGUUCGAAGAACCCCAGCAGGUAGUACGCAGAGCCCCAGAGCCACGAGUGAUUGACAAAGAGGGUGUGUAUGAAAUCAGCGUGUCACCCACAGGCAUAUCUAGGUUGUGUUUGUAUCCUGGUUUUAUUGACUUAAAAGAAGCCGACUGGGUAUUGAAACAGCUUUGUGAGGUCGUUCCCUGGAAGCAGAGGACCGGCAUCAGAGAGGAUGUAACUUACAAGCAACCGAGACUUACAGCAUGGUAUGGAGAACUUCCUUACACUUACUCAAGAAUCACUAUGGAACCAAAUCCUCACUGGCCUGCUGUGCUGUGCACACUAAAGGACCAAAUCGAAGAGAACACUGGCCACACCUUCAAUUCCUUGCUCUGCAACCUUUACCGAGAUGAGAAGGACAGCGUUGACUGGCAUAGCGACGAUGAACCUUCGCUGGGGAGAUGUCCCGUCAUUGCUUCACUGAGUUUUGGUGCCACACGCACUUUUGAGAUGAGAAGGAAGCCCCCACCAAGAGCUGCCUUUUGCUUCUCGGAGAUGGAACUGGGCCACCCAGGGCCAGGUCACCUUCGCACUGCCCUCUGGCUGGCUGAGGGGUCAGAGGAAGAGAACGGAGACUACACAUAUGUGGAAAGAUUGAAGAUACCCUUGGAUCAUGGGACCUUGUUAAUCAUGGAAGGAGCCACACAAGCCGACUGGCAGCACCGAGUCCCCAGAGAGUACCACUCUAGAGAACUGAGAAUAAACCUGACCUUUCGGACGGUUUAUCCAGACCCUGGAGGCACUGGUGGUGUGAGACCUUGAGAGAGCAGCCGUGCUGACGCCGAGCACACCUUCUGCCAUGAAGAAACCUGCAGAGGCUGGUGCAGCUCAUCUCGUGGGGUGGCUGUAGGGAAGACGGGGUGGGAUUUGCUUCCCAGCUCGGAGUCCUGUUCAGAGACGGCCAGCGGCUCGUGUGCGUGCUCUGUUCACCGCAGGAACGCUGCUCCCCGAUCGCAUCUUGAAAUCACAUAUUUUCUUUAGGCAAAUUAAAAACUGCUGUGGCCGUGCUCACGGGUGA